AUGGCUACAAAUGGAACUAAGGCCGCAGAUGGACAAAUUUCUACUGAGGUCAGCGAAGCACCCAUCACAAAUGAUAAGCCCAAGACCUUGGUUGUUAAGGUGCAGAAGAAGAGAACAGAAGAUCCUGAGAGAGAUACAUGGAAAGGAAGAUUUGAUUUCCUUAUGUCCUGUGUGGGUUAUGCCAUUGGCUUAGGAAAUGUAUGGAGAUUUCCAUAUCUGUGUGGAAAGAACGGAGGAGGUGCAUUUCUUAUCCCAUAUUUCUUAACCCUCAUUUUUGCGGGGAUGCCACUUUUUCUCUUGGAGUGUGCUUUGGGGCAAUACAUGUCAAUUGGAGGUCUUGGAGUUUGGAAGCUUGCACCAAUGUUUAAAGGUGUCGGACUUGCUGCUGCCGUUUUGUCUUUCUGGUUAAAUAUUUACUACAUUGUUAUCAUAUCCUGGGCUAUAUAUUAUCUAUAUAACUCAUUCACAACUGAUUUACCUUGGAAACAUUGUGAUAAUUAUUGGAAUACGGAGCGCUGCUUCUCCAAUUAUUCUAUGGUCAACACAACAAAUAUGACCAGUGCUGUGACCGAAUUUUGGGAACGCAACAUGCACCAAAUGACAGAUGGCUUGGAGAAGCCAGGUCAAAUUAGAUGGCCUCUAGCAAUCACCUUGGCUAUUGCAUGGGUGUUGGUUUACUUUUGCAUCUGGAAGGGGGUUGGUUGGACAGGAAAGGUAGUCUACUUCUCAGCCACUUACCCCUACAUCAUGUUGGUCAUCUUAUUUUUCCGUGGUGUCACCCUUCCUGGAGCAAUAGAAGGAAUCUUAUUUUAUAUCACUCCAGAUUUUAGUAAACUCUCAAGUUCGGAGGUGUGGCUGGAUGCUGCUACCCAAAUCUUUUUUUCAUAUGGCUUGGGACUUGGGUCCUUAAUCGCCCUUGGAAGUUAUAAUCCAUUCCACAACAAUGUUUACAGAGAUUCAAUCAUUGUCUGUUGCAUCAAUUCUGGCACAAGCAUGUUUGCGGGUUUUGUCAUCUUCUCCAUUGUUGGAUUCAUGGCACACGAGACUAAAAGACCAAUAGCACAAGUUGCAGCUUCAGGACCAGGAUUGGCAUUUUUAGCUUAUCCAGAAGCAGUCACUCAACUGCCUAUUUCUCCGCUAUGGGCUAUCCUCUUCUUUUCCAUGUUGCUGAUGCUUGGAAUUGACAGUCAGUUCUGCACAGUUGAAGGGUUUAUAACAGCUCUUGUGGAUGAGUUUCCAAAACUGUUGCGUACUCGAAGAGAAAUAUUUAUUGCAGUUGUGUGCGUUGUUUCCUAUCUCAUUGGUUUGUCCAACAUAACUCAGGGUGGAAUUUAUGUAUUCAAACUUUUCGAUUAUUAUUCAGCCAGUGGAAUGAGUCUGCUGUUCCUUGUGUUUUUUGAGUGCAUUUCAAUAUCAUGGUGUUAUGGUGUUAAUAGAUUUUAUGACAACAUUGAAGAAAUGGUUGGUUACAGGCCUUCUCUUUGGUGGAAACUCUGCUGGUCAUUCUUUACACCCAUUGUUGUAGGGGGAGUAUUCAUUUUCAGUGCUGUGCAAAUGACUCCGCUUACUAUGGGCAGCUAUGUUUUCCCUGCUUGGGGACAGGGAGUUGGCUGGUUUAUGGCCUUAUCUUCCAUGUUGUUGAUUCCAGGAUACAUGAUAUUUAUGUUCCUCUCCCUCAAAGGAUCUUUAAAACAGCGUCUACAGGUCAUGAUCCAGCCAAGUGAUGAUAUUGUUCACAAUGAAAAUGGGCCUGAACAGUUGUCAAAGAGUAACUCUGCCAACAAGGAAGCCUAUAUAUAA